AUGUCACAACUAGAAUCACAAAAAAAAUUCAAUGCUCAUAUAGUCGUUAGUUCAGAGUCUAUAACUAAACAUGAAGUCGAAAAUGGAACCAUAAUUGAAUACGAAGAUAAUAUCUUCGUCGAUAACGCUGAAGGUCCUGACUUCAGAGGCGUUUCCACGUUUGGUGCUGCCGUUCUAAUUGCAAAAACUCAGUUUGGUCUAGGUGUGCUAGGUUUACCUCACACAUUUGAUGUUUUGGGUUUUGUUCCAGGCUUAAUAAGUCUUAUUGCUUUAUGCUGUUUAAGUACAUGGGCGGGGGCUGUCGCUGGAAAAUUUCGUUUAUCUCACCCUCAAGUGCACAGUAUAGGUGACGCUACAUGUCUUAUGUUUGGUAAGCAUGCAGGUGAAAUUAUGGGAUUUGCAUUUUGGCUCUUUUACACCCUCAGUUAUGGUUCUGCAUUGCUUACUGUUUCUAUCGCGUUCAAUUCUUUGACAGAACAUGCCAUUUGUACUACUGCUUGGAUUGGGAUUGGUGCUGCGUUGGUCCUUAUCAUUGGGAUUGUAACACGCACUUUGAAAGUUUUAGCGUGGUGCGGUUAUGCUGCCGUCGCAUCAGUUUUUUUUGGUGUUUGGAUUGUUGCAAUUGCCUGUCUCACUCAAACUACACCUGCUGUAGCGUUAGAGAGCGGCGGACCCGUUGAAAAAGUAGUACAAGUUGUUGGUACAGGAUCUACUUAUAUAGCUAUUGCUAGCGCUGUUUCUUCUCAAUUAUUUAGUCUCUGUGGUACUGCUUCUUUUUUCACCAUUCAUGCGGAGAUGCACGAUCAAACCAAGUAUCUUAAGUCUUUAUUCAUGGGUCAAGGAUUUGUUGCUUUCAACUACAUUGUUAUCAGCUCGAUUAUUUACGGAAAGGUUGGACAAUAUGUCGCAUCACCUUCUCUUGGAUCUGCAGGUAUGUUGAUUCAAAAAAUCGCCUAUGGUAUUUCAUUUCCUGGCCUUCUCUUUACAUGUUUUUACCAAGCACAUUUUGCGGCCAAAUAUGCACUUGUGCGCAUUUUAAGAGGCACUAGCCAUUUACAAAGUAAUUCUAAAGUCCAUUGGUUUACUUGGACUAUCCUGGUGAUUCUUGUUGUUGCCAUAGGAUUUGUUAUAGCUGGUGCUAUUCCUUUCUUUGAUGAUUUGUUCGGAUUGGUUGGUGCUCUUCUUGGUUCAUUUUUCACACUUAUAAUACCUGCUUUUAUGGUUAUUUACGAAUUAACUUCGAGCUUAUAUGGACCAUCAGACCAGUUAUUGCAUAUGAGAAUAUCUUCAGAACUAUUGAGAGGUAAGAAAAAUGUAAGCAUUCUUUUACUUUGUUUCUUCUCUAUUGCCUUUGGUUCGUAUAUCUGUGUCUCGGGUACUUACGGGUCCAUUGCAUCCAUUGUACAAGGUUAUGCUGAUGGUACAGUUUCUAGUGCGUUUUCGUGUGAGGAUAAUAGUCGGUAG